AUGUCGGACCCGCGGGCGGCUGAGGGGCCGGGCGUCUGGAGCCCCGCAGCCCGCCGAGGGCCGGCGCGCGGCCUCGGGGACGGCCCGGGAGUGGAGGGGAGCCAGGCGGCUGCCUCAGAGGAUGAAGAUCUAGAAAACACCAAGGUCACCUCUCUAGCAGCUUCUGCCUCUGAUCCAGAGCCCCAUUCCUCAUCCUACAGGUCACAGAUGGUGUCUCCAGUGACGGAGGAUGCCACAGAAGAUAAGCAGAAGGCCGCCAGUGCCGGGGAGGCCCAGGCCUCGGUGGAACAGGAAUUGCUUUCUGCAGACCAGACCCAGAUCCUCAGCAAGAUGGCCAGGUACCAUGGCCCACAGAGGUCUGGGGACAUCGUGAUGAUCCAGUCUGAGCACACAGGAGCUGUUGGUAUUCUGUCAGCCGAUUUGGAAUCUGCAGACCUGCUGGGGGACCACAGGAGAGUCUCCCCACCUCUCAUGGCUCCUCCGUGCAUCUGGACCUUUGCCAAGAUGAAGGAAUUCAAGAGCAAGCUGGGCAAGGAGAAGAACAGCCGUCUGGUGGUGAAGCGGGGGGAGGUGGUGACCAUCCGGGUGCCGACCCAUCCCGAGGGGAAGCGUGUCUGCUGGGAGUUUGCGACCGAUGACUAUGACAUUGGCUUUGGAGUUUACUUUGACUGGACCCCGGUAACCAGCACCGACAUAACGGUGCAAGUCAGUGAUUCCAGUGAGGAUGAGGACGAAGACGAGGAAGAAGACGAGGAGCUCGAAGACCCCGUCCCAGCUGGAGACGUGGAGCGAGGCUCCAGGAGCUCCCUGCGGGGCCGCUACGGGGAGGUCAUGCCCGUGUACCGCCGGGACAGCCACCGAGACGUGCAGGCUGGCAGCCACGACUACCCCGGCGAGGGCAUCUACCUCCUGAAGUUCGACAACUCCUAUUCCCUGCUGCGCAACAAGACUCUCUACUUCCACGUCUACUACACGAGCUGAAGGCCCGCCGGGGCGGGACACAGGCGGCGCACGCUGGCUGGAGCAGGCUGCCAGCUGGGGCCCCUUGUCCUGGAUAGGCAAGGGCUCCGAGCUGAGCGUGGGGCGCCCGAGCCUCCCGCCCUGCUGGCGGGCCUGACUGUUGGCCCAUCCGUGUAGCUUUGCCCUGUCCUUGGCUUCCGCAGAUGGUGGCGUGGCACCCCUGCUCUGUGGUU